UUUAAUUUCUUUCUACAAUUUUGGAUGAAUUUCCCAUGCAUGCAUGAAAGGGAUACAGCCGUUCUCCGGUUUCGUAGCGAAAUUUGCACCGUGUCGGCGUGUCCCGCAUCUUUUCUGUUGGCCCCACUGAAAUGUUUCUUGUGGGCAGAACCGUUCAAAGGUUUGCUCAGCUAAUACGGCAACCCCAAGACAAAUAUUCAAAAAGUUUCCCGUCCUCGUCGGUUCUCCGUUCCUUCCCACCUCUCUCUCUCUCUCUCUCUCUCUCUCUCUCUCUCUCUCUUUCUCUAAUUCGUCUGAUAGCUCUCCUUCUCGUUCCCGUGUUUAGUUCCCCCCCGCCCUCCAAAUGUCUCCGUUCCCCGACGACGGAGGCAACGACCCGCGCGGCGGCCGCUUGCCGGAUAACGCCAGCUCGGAGCCUCCGGCCACCCCGCGUCCUAUUCGUGGAGUUCUUAAUCAGGGAAAAGAUGAAGAGUGGAGGAGAUUCCUACGAUGCGUCGAGGCCGCCGGCAAGGGUUUCGCCAUUGGAGCCGGCCUCAAGGGGGGCCUCGCCCUCUUCUCCAUCCUUGUCCGGCUGCGGAGCCGCAGAUCCGUGGGAUCUUCCGCCAGAAAGGCGGGAGCGAUUACGAAUGAGGACGCGGUGGUGGAGGCGGUGAAGGAGACGUUAAGAUAUGGACUGUUUCUGGGCUCGUUUGCCGGAACUUUUGUCUCGGUUGAUGAAUGCAUUGCUGCUAUUGGGGGCAAUAAAAGGACUGCAGGCUGGAGGGCACUGGUAGCGGGAUUAUUUGCUGGUCCGUCAAUGCUCCUGACAGGACCAAAUACCCAGCACACGAGCCUGGCUAUAUACAUUCUUAUGCGUGCUUCUGUGCUAGCAUCUCGCUGUGGGGUAAAGAGCAAAAGAUUUGGAAAUGUUUGUAAACCUUUGACUUGGUCGCAUGGUGAUAUAUUCCUUAUGUGUCUCUCCUCUUCACAAAUAUUGUCUGCUUACAUUUUGAAGCAAGGCAGUUUGCCAUCAUCAUACAAGUCAUUUCUUAAUAAGCAUGGUGGAAAGAAUGCUGUUAUUCUGCAGGGAGUGAAGGAUAUUGCAUGUAACAUUCCUUUCACCAACUUAGAGGCGAUUGAGAAGUAUUAUAAGACCUUGGGUGUUGACAUAAAACUAGACCCUCAUAUGAAAGUACCAUGUUCAAUUAUUCAUGGUAAUCAAUCUUGUGUUGGGCAUUUCUUUUCUUUCCUUUUACAAGCAUAUAAAAGGGCAUUGCCUGUUUAUCUUCCGGUAUACUUGGUUCCUGCACUUAUAGUUCAUCGUCAAGGCCUCUCGAAAAGGCCGUACGCAAUUAUGGGAAAGAGUCUUCUGGGUAUUGCAAGAUCUAGUUUGUUUCUCUCCGUAUACUGUUCAUCAGCCUGGUUGGUCUUUGCUUCUGCUAAAUUUCCUGCCAGGCUUGGACUUGCCUACUUUUUAGAACUCUUAAAAGAUGCAAUAUUCCAAUGGUUGCAAUGGGGACGUUUCCCAGUGGCCUGGCAUUGCUAAUUGAGAAGAAGAGCAGGAGGAUUGAAAUAUCGUUAUAUUGCCUAGCCCGAGCCAUCGAGAGCUUUUUCACAUGCAUGGCAGAUGCAGGACUGUGCCCUCCAGCAUCAAAGCUAAAGCGAGCCGAUGUAGUUGUAUUUAGUUUAGCAACAGCCAUCAUCAUGCAUUGCUAUGCAUGUGAAAGAGAGGUGUUCCGCUCCAAAUACUUGAACGUGCUUGACUGGGUGUUUGGUGUGCCACCUGCAUCAGAUGAUGAGCGUGACAAAAAAUGCUGAGAGAAUUCAGGGAAAGUUGCUGGUUCAGCAGAGUUUUGUAAGGUUGUAUGAUGGAUAGUGUGAGCAUUUUUGAUUACAGAGCAUGAUCCCAGAGUGGCCCCAUUAGUGCCAGCUGGGGAACAGAGAAGCCAGACUUGUUGAUUUUUGUUUUUCUUGGUCUACUUGUUGAUUCAGCUAGAUAUCCAUGGUACCUAAGGCCUGCUAUACGCUGCCAGAUUGAUCUUUGAAUAUGGAAUCCUCAAGCCCGCAGCAUAUAGGAGGCAAAGGUUGUUUGAUUUCCAGCCCCAACCUUAAUAUCUGGUCAGGUAUAUAUCUUCGCAGUUUGUCAAUUGAUGAUACUUUCUGAUUAGCCAGCCAUCCGAGGAGAUGCUUGACAAAUUAUCAUCUGACCAGAAAGCAGAAAAUUCUUGAAGGAGUCCUGCACUCACUUUGAGAAACCGCUCCUGGUUGGGAAUUUAGCAAGCACAAUGAGGAUGAUGUAUCGACAUCAGAAAGUGUUAUUUGUUGCAGAGCUGGAUUUUGAUUAGCAAAGAAAAUUUUAGUAGAAUUCAGGAAAUGUUGCUAUACUCAGGAACUUCAUUGUAACUACUAUAACAUGAAAAAACACAGAUGACAAUCAGUGAUAGUUUCGGUAAACGUUCACAAAAUUUAUGUGAUGUUCCACAAUAUUCUUGCAGCUUCUGUAUUCAAUAAGAUCCAUUGAAGUUUAUGACA